AUGCCCUGCUACAAUUGCACAUCCCGCGUACUACGAAUUUUCCUGCAGGAGUCCAUAGCGGCUUCUAUCUCGCGGUCGGGGCCACGGCUUCAGCACUAUCGCUUCCGACAGCAGCAGCAGAGGCCCAGUCCACGCACCCGAACCCAAUUCCCCACAAGCCAAAGGUUACAAUCCACGCUCGCUAGUGGAUCCACGGUACCCCCGCCCAGUGACGACGAUUAUAUCCCGUUUGGGCCGCCCAUCACAACAACGUACAAACGCAUACUCGUCGGUGAUGAUGACGGAUUAUCUGGACUCCUGCCCCCGCCUCCUCCCCCUACACCCAUUCCCACCCCCCUACAAGCCUCGGAUGUAGUGGAUCCCUACGAGCCCGAGGUUGAGAUACUGGGAUUGCCCGGAGCUGGGACCGGGUCGCAGGCGCGGGAGGCCGAGUCAAAGCGCACGAUUGAGUUGAUCCGCAGGAAUAUCGAGGCUUCAUGGGCGCGGAGGGGUGCCCUGGAUAGGUCUAUGGCGGAAACGGGGUUGCCGGUUGUGGGUGGGGUUGUGGACGUGCAGGAGGAUGCGAGGUUGGCGGUGUUGCGGGAGAGAGCGGCGAGAGUGGCCGAGAGUGGUAGUGAUGAUGGGGUCGGAGAGGGCCCACGUGGGGUUAGGGGCAGGGAUAGUUGGAAACUCCCGACUAUGAAGCAGGCGGCCAAGAGGGAAGCUAAGAGGUGGAAGGAAGAGAGGGAGCGGGCAACAGAGAUCGAGAGACUGUUGCUUGUUGAGGAGAGGAGAAAGGAAGAGAGGGAGCGGGCAAUAGAGGACGAGAGACUGUUGCUUGUUGAGGAGAGGAGAAAGGAAGAGAGGGAGCGGGCAAUAGAGGACGAGAGACUGUUGCCAAUUGAGGAGAGGAGGGUGUUGAAAAAGCUGAGGAGGAAGGAGGAGGGAAAGUGGGGAGCAUUAAAAGUAGGUGUGAGGAAUCCUAUGGAGCGUCGAUUGGAGUCUAGAGGGGGCAGGUUCCUGGAGGUCAAAGAGGGUAAGGAUGAGCCACCGGAGGUUAAGGGGAGGGAGGAUAGGGGCGGAGUGAAGGUUCAAAAGACAAUUGUCAUCGGACACUGCCAGAUCCCGGUGCCCGUUGUCCAUCAGUCACUACCAAAACCAAUAAAGGCCAGAGUACCCUCCAUUCAAGAAUUCAUUCGUGACGAGCAGGACCCCUUUGACAGGAAACCGUUUUCUCGGGAAAGGGCCAAGACAAGGGAAUCUGCCGGAGGGAGGGAGCAGGUGAACCAGAGGUGGCAAUCCGCCCUACACGAUGAAGUGGAGGAAGGUUUCGAGUGGGAACAGAAGCGCAAAAGGAGAAAAUGGGAGCUCCCUCCCGUCGAGGAGGCCAAAAAGGAGUCAAUGACCGACGAGUGGGACGCUAGGCAGAGGCUCCAACACUUCGUUGCCACCACACCGAGAUCCGAACUCGAGGACUGGCAGGUCCAGAAGGCUGCACUUCAAAAAAAGUUUGGCAUGGCCUGGGCCCCACGCAAGAAGCUUUCCCCGAAGGCCCGCGACUGGGUGAAAGAGCUCCACUGCAGCGUCCCCGAGCUCACGACGCAAAAACUCUCGGAAAUCUUCAGGGUAUCGCCCGAUGCUAUCCGGAGAAUUCUGAAGUCGAAAUGGACGCCCUCUCCAGAGGAGGCGCAAGACCGGGAACGGAGGUGGCGGAACCGACAGGAGCGUGUCUGGGAACGGUGGACAGACGCUGGAUGUGUACAGACGAAGGGUAUGAAGGCGGAAAUUCGAGAGCUCAAGGCGAAAAAUAAGGCGAAGUGGCUCAAGGAAAAGGAUGAGGCCUUCCGGCAGUAUUUGGAGAAGGUUGAUCAGGCCAAGAAGGAGAGAAGCGCUGUGCGGGACAGGGUGGGGGGGGUUCGGGGUUUGUCUGAUAGGGAGUUAUUCCAAGCCGAGCCGGAACCGGAGUUCAGCGAUGCGGGAGACAUGAUGGCGAACAAGGUCAGAGAGCGCCAGAAGAAUGAGGCGAAGUGGGGAGAGUGGGAUAGAAAGUAUCGAGGGAGACUCGAGAGGGCAAUGUCGUCGGGGGCCUCCACCGAUCCACCCAGAAAACUUUCUGCGGAGAGUCUCGCCAAACUGUCUUCGAGAUUUUUAUAAUGCGAUGUUUCAUAUGGGGUCUUGUUUUUCCUUUCUUCCCCUCUUUUGUAUCAUAACAUGGGGUUCGUCCUUGCAUCUCGUGUCUCUUGGCCGAUUAUAUACCGGUACGUUUACGAGGUGGGUCGUCUGGAGUUGCGAUUAUCGUUGGUACGAUAAUAAAGUGAAGAACGUCUUUAGGCUCGCGCUUAAACUAACUUACGAUGGUCUAUCUGUGUGGUAUUGCGCUACGAUAGUGGAGAGUAGAAUAUAUUUUUUCCCU